AUGGACAAAUUUAUUAUAAAGAAACCUCGUCUGGAUAUUGAGAGUGAGGGGGAAUCUAGAUCGAUAAACGUUGCAACAUGUUCAAAUGAUUUUUCCAAUCCAUCUACUUCUCAGGCCACUACCACCAGCUGUUCCAGUUUCCAAGGAUGUUUAAAGACUCAAGUCGAAGUUGAAGGAUUGGUAUUUGCAAAAAAUGAUAUUGGGCAUUUUGUUGGAGUAUCAAACAUAAGUGAUGCAGAUAAGAUAACUUUAUUACGAAGAGUAUGGGAACCUUUGCCUUCCCACAAGUUCUGUGUUGAAAUUAUUGGGUCAAAGAAACGCACUUUCCAAGUUAAAUGGCUGCAGAGAUUUCCUUGGUUGGCCUACUCUGAUAAGCUGAAAGGUGCAUUUUCAAAGCGAGCUAAGAUUCUAAGAGAUGUGUUAGAAGAAAUAGGGAAAGCCAAUAGUGGUCUCCAUAGAUAUUGCGAAACUAGAUGGGUGGAAAGGCAUGACGCAGUUAUUGUUUUAGCUGAAUGCUUUGAAUGCAUUAUUUCUGCACUGCAGGUUGUCAUCGAAAACCAUAAAAAUAAUGCAGCUAUCGAAGCUGCUAGUCUACAUACAAGCUUAUGUAAAUUCGAAUUUAUAAUAACGUUGACUAUAAUGUCAAAAAUGUUAUCUGUAACAUUAACUACAUCCAAAUAUUUACAAAAGGAAACUCUUGAGUUAGGUGCAGCGUUAGAAAAAAUCAGCUUGACGGAAAAAACUUUUUCUAACAUGAGGACAGAUGACGAGUUUUCAAAAGUUUUCAACAUGGCUCAAGAAUUAGCAAACAAAUUAGAAGUUCCUGUGAUGGUUCCGAGGAUAGUUGGAACACAAAGAUUUCGGUCAAAUAUCGAAUCACGAACUCCAGAAAAGUUUUAUCGUCGCACGGUAUACAUUCCUUACAUAGAUGAAAUAAUGACAUCCCUAAAAGACAGAUUUUUAAGUCACAAGGAUAUAUUAAGAGGGCUUGAUAAUUUUGUGCCCGCUAACUCUGUCAAAAAACAAUAUGAGGACCUAAUACCUGCAUUAGAGUUUUACAAAGAUGAUCUGCGGAGUUCAAACAAUUUCAUUCUGGAAGCGGAGUACAAUCUAUGGAAAACUCACUGGCAGAUAUUUGCAGCAGAUAAGUUAACCAAAAGUGCGCUAGAUACCCUUAGAAACAUGGACUGGGACAUGUUUCCUAAUAUUAAGAUUUUAUUAACCAUUCUCGCCGUAAUCCCAGUUACAACAAGUUCAGUAGAACGAUCAUUUUCAACGUUGAAGAGGCUGAAAAACUACCUCCGGAAUUCUACUGGGGAAGAAAGAUUAACACUACUAACCGUCCACCGAGAUAUACCAGUAAAUAUAGAGGAUGUCAUCAACGAGUUCAACAGUUCAACAACCAGAAGAUUAAGUCUUUCGUGA